AUGCGUAUCAUGACCAGCAUCGCCGGGCACUCUACCAUAGAAAAGUCUUCCCAGAACAAGCCCCAGCAAGGAGGAAACAAAAUGCCACCUCACACGAACGUUGUAGCAGCGGCGAGCCAUGUCCGUCAAGUCUUUGAGAACAAGAAGCUUGCCUACAGUAUCAUGGGGGCAUUCGAGAUGUUUUGCCUAGGGAGUGGGCGCCCAGUAUCCGACCUAUACUUUGCAUAUGAGCACAAAGACUCCAAUCGUAUCAAGAAAAAGCUCGAGGCAGAUCGACGUAUUGUAUUGACCGAUGGCAUGAACCCGUUGACUCCAUCGAAGAUAUUGGUGCAAACAGGGCCUGCAUACCACGAUACAGGAUGUACAAGCUCUGCAGUAGUCGAAGUAUACCUGCUACCAUCAGGUUUAUACGGUACACCUCCCAGCGGCACUCUCAAAGACAAUAUAGUCCUGUUGGGCAACAAUACUGCAGGCAUGCUUAGGACUUUCAAAGGCCUAAACAUGUUGUACUUGGUCAAAUCACUCAUUGAGUUUUGCAAACUGCGCGACUUGAGCUGGAGCCCUAUGGAGAACCUGCUGCUUUUGUGCGAACGUUACGGAGGCCAGGUUCAAUCCGUUCGAAGUCAGUUGCACCAGAAAGCGGCAUACCAAAACUUUCUCAACACACCUUUCUUAGCGGGCUUAUCUUGUGAUCAACAGCGCAGAUGCUAUCAAAUACUGACCGGACAAGCACCACCGGCUACCACUGCAACGAAUUUCUCACUACCUCAAAGUGGCUCUUCACGAUCGCGUUCUACAGUGGAUAUACCAAACACCCAGGCUAUCUCUGAUAACUCGUCGCCAAACAUUUCCCAAGGCCUUCGGCAGAUGGAAAAGGAGAGACCUUUGCUGAGACACACCCUGAAUAUUGGGUCUUCUUCUGGAAAUCCCUCUCUGAACUCCACGAGAUCGCAAGAAGCUACACCGCCAGUUGGAGAUUCAAGAUCAAGAUAUCGGCCUAUCAGUACUAUCAACACUAGGCGCGUGGCCAGCGGCUCGCAACUGAGUCUCAAAAUACCUAAUGAAUCAGCCGGGGCCUCAUAUACAUACCGAAAAACUUCAGCGCCAAUGCAAAGUAUUCCGCCUCUCCCAGCUCAGCCAUCCAAAUCAAAUACUCAGAUCUCCUCGAUGCCCAAUUCUCUUCCAAGCAUCCAAACCAGACGUUCUCUAACAAGAUCCGGCGCCCAAUACGCAGGAUCACGAGAAUCAUAUGUCCCCAACCGAACACAAACUUCUAACUUUAUUUCCUUGCCUCAAAAACAUCCUAAACGCUACACAGCAGCCUUUGAAAUGUCCGCAACCCCAAUCCAACUCAAAGACCCCCAAGCACCCACCUCACCCCACGAAGAACACACAGAACAA